CUCAAAACUUAAAAAAAAAAAGAAAAAAAAAAAGGCAAACUGUCGAAAGGUGGGAGGAGGGGUUUGUGCCACCCUUGUCCCGAAAUUUUCUCUCUCCCUCUCUCACGCUACUCCCUCUCCCCUUUGUUUCCCCUCACCUGCUCACUGCCCUCCCCACCAAAUUCACAUGCACGCUACUUGUAAACGAGUGUCUUAUAGGUGAGCAACAGCACCACUUGAAUUUCCGAUGGCUCUGAACAUUUUUUAAAAAAAAAAAGAGCUGAAAGAUCAAGGGGAAAAAAGUGGUGCGCACCCUUCCCCCACUUUCCUCACUCUCUACUCCUCCUCUCCCACUUUUCCCCUUCCCCCCUUCAUUUCCCUCACCCUUUCGGUGCCCUCCCCACUAAGCUUACCCACCGGAGGAUGAACACAUGAUCGUAGCUAGGAGUAGGUCUAUCGUGAAAGAACAAAAUCUCAUUCUCAGUUGUCUGACAACUGCUAGAGGGUGAUAGUCAAUUGUCGACUGUUGCCCUCUAGUAGCUGCCGAACGUGGCGAUAGCUGACCAUUGAGGCUGAUUUAUCCCUAAAGAUAGGAGUUUGUCACCCGAUUGGUAUCUGCCAAACAAGCUCAUCCCAAAUUUUCCCUCAAUGCAGGUACACCAAACACAUCCAGUAGACCUUGAGCGACCAAAUUUGAAGCUCGAGACGUUUUGGGUAUUUUGUGGACGCGCGACAGGCCUACAAAAACAAAGGCGCCGAGAAGAAAGCAAUGUUGAGAGGUCUCCUCUUCGCUUUCCCUCUCUGCAUUUUGGCCUCAAUAGUUUUCUUGCUAGAAAACAAUAACGACAGCCAACCAUAGAAUCAGGCAUCCAUGGCUGCAAGGACGAAGGACGUGGAGACAGGGAGAAAAGGAGGUGCACCAUCUUCUUCUUCUGAUGCCUUCAGUAGACCUGCACAAAAGUCCAAGAGCAAUCCCAGGCCAUCGCUCUCAAGUGUUGCAGGAAGCUCCCCAGAUAGAGGAGCAACAACUGGGAAACAUCUUCCUCACUACCUAAGACCCACCAUUAGUUCAUGCCAUGGCAGAGGCGCCACCGACACGCAGGUUCCUGCCAAAGCAACAAGGAAUCCUGCACACCCGAAAUCGCCAUCUCCAUCUCCAUCUCCUUCUUCAUCCAAGUCGACUUCCAUGCGCAGAAAGUCCUAUUCCACGAGUACCAGCCCCAAGGAAGGAUCUAGCAAGGCCUCAAACGUUCCUUUCUCUAAAACCGCUGUUUUCAGUCGGUCUGCAUCCACCAAGAUUUUGAAACCACAUGAAAGGUCUUCCCCCACCACUACCGCCGCUGCCACCAAGUCGGCGGCCACAAAGAAAAUUAAAGGCGGUGUCACUUCUGAUCCCCGCAAGGCAGUAGGCAAGGGGAACAGAGAUGCUGCUCCAACGAGCGGUGGAGAGGACAAAGUAGAAGAGAAAACCAUGAUAAUCCAGGAACCCCGAGGCACACAUGUUGGUAAGAAUUUGAAGAAUUCUGUGGCUUCAGAUUCGCUCCACGUUUCUUCUGAUCAACUGACGCAGACAGCUGCAGCUGCCACCGUCAACAUCGCCAGCGAUGACUCAAAUGAUCCCACGGACUUGAAGAUGGCAGCAUUCUCGAAGGAGCAACAGGCAGGGACAGAAACUUUUUCCCCUAAAAGCCCGGAUUCUAACACAGAGUUUAAACUGGAAAACGGUGACAAUGAAGAAUCACAUGACAAGGGCAAGAUCUUAGAUCCUGUGGUUCAGACGAAGAAAGGUUUCGAUGCUGAUGCCUCUGCUAUCAAUGGCGAUCAUGAUUCCGGUUGUUUACAGAAAAAUGAGGAGGCAGAAGAAGACGAAGGGAAUCGGGAACAGGCAGAAGCAGACGCAGAAGGUGAUUCUUGCAAUGAUCCGACAGAUAGUUUUGAUAGAAAGCAAGAAAGGGCAAAGGAAACAGAAGAUGGUGAAAGAGUAGCUGAACCAAGCACGCUAAACAAUGGCACUCCAAAUGCAAGAGAAGGGCAAGAACUCUGCCGAGCAAGCGUCCUAUCUCCCACUACUGAAGAUGGCGCGAACAAACCAAGGAAGUUGGAAUUCAGAAGAGGAAAUAUUUUGUCUCCCAAGGUCGAGGACGACGUGAACACGCCAAGGAAGUUGGAAUUCAAAAGAGGAAAUACUGUAUCUCUCAAGGUCGAGGACGACGUGAACACGCCAAGGAAGUUGGAAUUCAGAAGAGGAAAUACUGUAUCUCCGAAGGUCGAGGACGACGUGAACACACCAAGGAAGUUGGAAUUCCGCAAAGGAACUGUCCUAUCACGCAAGGCGGAGGAAGACGUGAACACACCAAGGAAGCUGGAAUUCAGGAGGGGGAGAGCCGCCGAUAAAGACAAUGACCAAGGAGGUGGCCAAGAAAAGGAUGGUGCGGUGGCGUACAAUCAGGUGAUUGAGGAGACAGCGAGCAAGCUGGUGAAUGCUAGAAGGAGCAAGGUGAGAGCACUUGUUGGUGCAUUUGAAACUGUCAUCUCUAUACAUGAGACCGAUGCUCAAAGCAGCCAAAGCCAUACUCCUGCUCCAAUUCCUGCUGUUGCACCCUCAUCUUCGGAUUCUGGUCCUGCUUCCCCACCAGGCCAACUUCCUCCUUCAGGCUCAACGCCACCACCUGCUUCUGUUCUUGUUCCUGUUCCGGAUUUAGCUUCGAUUCCACCCCCAUCUCCUACUUCUGCUCUUAAUCUUGGCGAGGAUCCUUCUAAGGGACAAGAAGAAGAAGAAGAAGAAGAAGAAGAAGAAGCUGAUGAUAAAGAAGGAGAAGAAGAGAAAGAAGCAGAAGAAGAAGAAGAAGAAGAAGUUGAUGAUAAAGAAGGAGAAGAAGAGAAAGAAGAAGGAGGCGAAGCAGCUGAUCAUCGCAGUUGAUCUGUAACAGUAAUAACAGGAGGAGGAUUGGGGUAAGCCCAAACGCUUCCUCUCGGCACUCAUACUGUCCCCGCCAAGUUCGGAAACUAAUCAGGUCUCGGCCACGAAUUUUCCAAAAGCUAGGUGUAUACUUGUCACCCCUGUUGGUUUAGGUUAAAUAGUGACAGUUGCAGGAUACCCAUUAACUUGGGAGGUCCACGGGUUGGUAAAUUUGUGAGCUUUUCCAGUACAGAUAUGGCCCAUGAACUUCAGAACAUUAAACCCAACCAAGUAUUAGGUGCAAAAAAUUGGUUCUAAAUGAAGGCUUCUCUAAA